AUGAAUCAAAGCAUCCAUCGGUGUUUCAGGAACUUUAUCGAUUCAGCUAGAGGCUUCUGCAAAAACAGAGCUAGCUGCAGAUUCGUCCAUAGUGAUGGAGGAGCCGAUUUGGUUGGCUCUCCAAGCAGAAUCGAGCUUCUUAGGUCUAAUUUGAUUCCUCCUAGACUUUCUCAUCACUUCAUGACUCGCUCUGCCGACGGUAGGUUCAGGGAGGAAGAUGUGUCCAAUUACUUCAGUACUUUUGGAACAGUUCAAGAUGUGAGGAUACCAUAUCAGCAAAAGAGGAUGUUUGGAUUUGUGACAUUUGUUUAUCCUGAGACUGUUAAGAGCAUUCUCGCCAAAGGAAACCCACACUUUGUGUGUGAUUCAAGAGUUCUUGUUAAGCCUUACAAGGAGAAAGGCAAAGUCUCUGAAAAAUGCAGAACUAACCAAACAACGGAACGAGAAUUGUUCUGA